AUGAAGUCAAUUUUAGUUUUUUGUCUAUUAUUAAUCUUAAUAAAUUGUUUGUUUCCAUAUGUAUUAUCAUUGGCUGAAGAAAAAUUACAAGUAAUGACAAUAAAAAAGGUUGAAAAUUGUAGUAAAAGAUCAAAAGUAGGAGAUACAUUAUAUAUGCAAUAUACAGGUGUUUUGAAAUCGAAUGGUGAAAAAUUUGAUUCGUCCUAUGAUCGUGGUCAUCCAUUUGUUUUUAAAAUUGGUUAUGGACAAGCUAUUAAAGGAUGGGAUCAAGGUUUACUCGAUAUGUGUGAAGGUGAACAACGUAAAUUAAUUAUUCCUCCAUCAUAUGCUUAUGGAGAUGUUGGUGCUGGCGGUGUUAUUCCACCUGGUGCUACUCUUCUUAUGGAUGUUGUAUGCGAAAAAAUUGAAACGUGA